CACUAUUGACCUCACUGAUAUUCAUUUUUCAAAUAUUAUUUCUCUUUUAUGGGGUGCAUAUGAACUCCAGCUUAAUAAACUAUGUAAUUAUAUUGAAACUCUUAUUGUUGAAGAGAAAGAUCUUGUUUGGAAAUAUAUUUCUCUUAUUAAUAGAAAAGGGUUAUCAAAUUUUACAAAAUUAUCAGAAUUAUGGAGAAAAAUUAUUGUAGAAAAUGUGAAUAUUUUUAAAAGUGAUAAUUUUAUUACACUUCAAAAAGAGGAGUUUCAUUAUUUUUAUAUUAAUCGUCUUAAUAAUAUUACUAAAAUUAGAUUAUGGGAAAAACUUCUUAAAUGGUCAACUUAUUCUAAACCUCCUAUAUCUACAUCUGAUGAUAAAUUACCAAUAUUUGUAGAAAUUAAUUUAGAAUCUACUAAAGUCAAGUCAACUGCAGAUAUAUUAUCGAAAUCUACUACAACUAUGGAAUUUAUACCUACUAUCAAUACUUCUAUCUCCAAUACAAUUAUAUCUACACGACCACUUACUAUUCAAUCAAAUAUAAUUGGACAACAACAUAUUAAAUUAAUAAAACUUCUAAAAAUAUUUAUUAUUCAUCUUCAACAAGUUUUAUAUUUUCAUUAA